ACCCAGACACCCGCAGACAGCAGAGACCCACUCUCGGGCCUCCCCUCCAGCCCUCCACUCUCACCUCUCGCUCUCAGUUCCCACUUCCCAGUCUCCACCUCGAGCUUCCGGCGCAACCUCCGUCCAGCCACCGCCGCCGUCGCAAGGUCCGUGGAAGUCACUCACCGUCGCAAGUUCCUUUCAGCCAGCUUCGCGCAGCCAGCUUUCCUUUCAGCCGUCGAACUCGCAGCCACCGCCAGUGCCAGUUUCCGUCGCAACCUUCCUUCCCUUCCAUCGCGCAGCCACCGUGCGAACGUGGAAGCCUCCGUCGCGCAGCCACGCCGUCGCCGGCGCUAUCUCUGUUCCACCACAGCCACUGUCCUGUUCGAAGCCCGUUCGAAGGUGCGCCUUGUCUCCGUGUCUCCCUCUUGCGUGCUCUGUUGAAGGCUUCUUCUAGCUUCUAGUUACUGAACUGAACCGUGAACUUUGUUGAAUAAGGAAGACGACCUUGAACUUCCGCCGUCUUGUUGCCGUCCGUCCUCCAUUGCGAUCGAAGAUACAAAAUUGACAAAAGGCGAAUCCAUCAACAUGGAUAGGAUCAGUUACUUACCGAACGAUAUCCUUUGCAACAUUCUCUCAUACCUCCCAACAAAAGAAGCUGUAUCCACCAGCAGCCUCUCUCGCAGGUGGCGCCAUGUUUGGAAGGAUGUCCAAGUCCUUGACAUAGAUGAUAUACUCUUUUGGUCCUCUAGGGAUCCCAGCUUAGAUUCUUUCGUCAAUGCUAUUCUAGCUCAGCGCAAUGCAGAUUUGUACCCCAUCAAAAAGUUCCGCCUCAAGUGCAAAAGUUUUAGAGUGGAUCCCAUCUCAACAUCGCUUAAUGCCGUCAUUGGCCCCUGCCUUCAGGAACUAUAUCUCAGCCUUAAAGUAGAUGUAACGCUUGGAAUGAACUUGCCUAAAGCCAUAUUCACUUGUACAUCACUUACGUCCCUUGUUUUGAAACAUGAUAUUUCAAUGUAUUAUGGUCCGGAGUUUCCAGAUGUAUAUCUGCCAUCCCUCAAGAACCUAGAAUUGGAAAUUGCCGAUAUGGACAACAAGCUUUUAUCUGGCUGCCCUGUUCUUGAAAAUCUUAAGCUCAUUCUACAGCACAUGACCCCAGAAGGUUAUGUUUAUAUACCUACAAUUCAGAUGCCUCAGACAUUGAAGAGUUUAACCUUUGAAGAUUACUCUACCCUGUGUGAUGAGAUUAACCAUCGUGUGAUAGACACACCAUCUCUUGAAUACCUCCAUCUGAAAAUAGUGACGUCGGCGUUUUCUGAGCUACACGUUUUGGUUAGCCAUUUUCCCAACAUGGUGGAGGCAUAUGUUGAUAUUCAGGAAGAUCAUUCAAGUAUUGAUAUUCACGGUGAACUUGUUGAACAUGUCUGUUGGGUGCCCAUGCUUCUCCAGGCACUUCGUGAAACAGAGUUGUUAACAUUGAAACGUUACACAACUAUGUGCUUAUUUAGUGCUCCAGCUUUCAAGUUUCCAGAAUUUCACCAUUUGAUCUAUCUAGAGCUUGAUGUUCCAUUUUUCAACACAAACUUCCUGCUAAACGUCCUUCACAGCUGUCAUGUACUUGAAGCUCUCAUAAUUUGGAUUUGGGAGGAAUUCCAUAUCCACAUCAUGGACUAUAAUGGACCAACACCACCAACCAUGGUUCCCAGUUGUGUGACAUCACAUCUCAAGAGUUUUGAGUUUAUAGAAUAUCAAGACGAUGCAGAUGAGCGUGAAUUUAUUGCAUAUCUUUUACAAGGAGGACUUGUUUUGGAGACAGUGAUAAUUCAACUUAGAUCUGAUUUACACCCAGAGACAAAGGACAAUAUUGUCAAGGGUUUAUCUGCUAUACCGAGGGGCUCUACAACAUGUCAGCUAAAUUUCAUUGAUCAAAAUCCCAUUUAACAUGGAUGAUGGCAUCUCUACUCUCUGGGAAACCUGCCAAACAUUUGCUUGUUUUAUGGUUAUGUUCACAAAACAUGUGGGCUGCUAUUUAACCGUGUUGCUAGAUUAAACCACUCUAUACCCACCAGCGUCCUGUCUCGCAGGUGGCGCUGCCUGUGGAAGGAGCUCCUGGUCUUGGACUUUGACAAUGAUAAGCAUGGAGGAGAUCUUUGCUUUCCUGCUUUCGUCGAUGCUGUUCUAGCUCAACGCACUGCUCCCCACAUCCAGAAGUUCUGCCUCACGUGGUCAAAGUUGAGUUGUCUCCUUUUCUCCCUUUGAAGAUUGAUCUUCCAAUUUUAUUUGCCACUCCAUGUCUACUGCUGAGCAAUAUCAGCUAGUGCUUGCUAGUGAAAGGAUGGAAAGGUUCAAGUUGGAGCUUCCCUCGUGGCAAAAAGAGCAAAGAUGAAGAAGAUCAUGCAUGUUCCAUUAGAGAAGUUAUGGAAGAAACAGGUUUUGAUGUCUCAAAACUUCUUAAAAAGGAAGAAUACCUUGAAAUUAUUUUUGGACAACAGAGAGUCCGACUUUACAUAUUGCUGGUGUGAAAGAUGAUACUGCAUUUGCCCCACAAACCAAAAAGGAGAUCAGUGAAAUUUCAUUGCACCGGCUUGAUGACCUUCAACCAGCAAGUGAUGAAGUGAUAUCUCGUGGAAUCACUGGCCUCAAGCUUUAUAUGGUGUCCCCUUUUUUGGCAUGAGUACAGCGGCACGUGAUUUUUGAUAGUUUUGGUGAAUGUCCCACGAGUUGUUGAAAUUUAUAAAGACUGGUGUCUUUUAUGCAGAUCAUUGAAAUCAUGGAUUUCAUCACAUCCACCUCCUAUGGCUCCAAGGCCUGAUUUGCCCCUUAAAGGAAUUUGCGUGUGGAAAGCAAAGCACAGUUCUACAGGGAGUAGCUCAACAUUCAUGGAUAGCCAGCCCACAAAGCCUGAAAAUGAAUCUCAAAAUCUUGAUAUAGGGCCUGGCAGGAGCUUCAUGAAUUUCACAUUUGAUACUGCAACGAUUUUACAAGCCAUGGAAACAGCAUUUUCUUCUUGAAGGUCCAGCAACAUUCCUGUAAAGUCCCUCCCCGUAACUGAAUUGGAUGCGCCACCAUUUUCACUUUUAUGUCAGAAGUCGGUGGUGAUCAAUUUAGAUUUUUCUCAGAUUAUAUCAGGUUGAGUAAUUUGUACAUUGUGUAUUUGUGUACAUGAAUCGUUUGUGGGCCUAAACAGUAUUCUCAAUUAGUUAGUGUGGAGUAUAUUCCCCGAUUUUUAAUGUAUCAUACAAUUAGCUCUGAAACUUGUCUUUGAGACAUUGAAAGCAAUUUCGUGGUAGCUUUAGCUUUAGGUUAUUUUUAGUGUGUGUGAGUGGGUGUGUGUAACCUAAGAUUGGGGUUGUCCAAUUCAUCGACCCAAAAAAAAAAAAGUUUAUCCGUAACAGUUUGCGAGUUUCUAUUUUAUACUUGGCGUUUUAAAAUUGUUUUAAUUAAUUUCUAGACGAUGA